AUGAUCCCCCUACAGUCGCAGAGGUUCCUGGGGAUUUUGCUCGACUCAACCUCCCAGAGAUCCUUUCUGACCUUGGACAAAGUGAACAAAAUAAGUCAAGAAAGCUAUGUCCGUCCUUGGUACCUUGACAUCAUGCAUUCCAGCAGUUCUGUGGGCUCAAGCUCAUUCCAGGGAUCUCCAUUGGGAGAUUCUCCAGUCAUGGUCAGGGAGACCAGAGGAGCUGAACAGCAAGAUUCUAAUUUCCAGGAAGACCCGUCGGUCACUAGAAUGGUGGUUGAUACAGGAGAAUCUAGAUCAGGGGGUUCUGUGGAAGGUGGUAAACCCUUUAGUAAUCACUACAGGCGCCAGUCCGUCUGGCCGCACCACAUCCGGGUCAGCGGCGCAGAGGACGAGGAUGCUGUGGGCUGCCCAGUAUGGGGGGCGCUGCGCGGGACGCUGUGUCUGGGGAGGGCACGGACGUGUGUCUUCUCCCUGUCCCUGCGGAGCAGAGCGCCGCCCGGGCGUCAGGUUUCUGUACCUGAUGUGAAGUUUGUUCGUUUCCUCAGCACGUCCUCCACUCCAGUAAACCAUGAGGAGGACAGACUGGUUUACAUUGGAAACCUGGGAACGGCAGUGCUUGGGGUGAAGUUCUUCUCCUACUCUACCAGCGUGGUCAGCUUAAUUAUUCUGCCAAUGAUUUUUGCAAAUUCUGGCAUCGGAGUAGACAGUCUUCCAUUGAAGAUUGCUUUCUUCAGCAUAGUUGGAUUCUUCACCUUCAUUACUCCUGUUACUUUGCAUUUGUUGACCAAGGGCUAUGUGGUUCGCCUAUAUCACAACAAGGAGAGAGACCUUUAUACUGCAAUCACUUACAAUGCAUUUCUUAGAGAGAAAAGGACAGCGUUUUCCCCAGAAGAUGUUGAAGUACCUGGAGUGAGCAAGAUGUUUACCACAUUUUAUGUAAAGAAGAAAUCCAUGCUGAUAAAUCCAAUGUUAUUUCCCAAUUCCAAUGAUUAUCAGCACCUUAUGGGUUAUGAUAAACCCUUCACUUUUAAUUUAGAAGACCUAAAUCCUCCCUCUAAGGAAAAAUAAACCUUGUGUUUGUAAAA